AUGGAAGUAGACACAGCAGCAACCCAGCAGGAGCCGCACAGCGGCAGCAACAGCACGCCUCCUGCUGCUGCUGCUGAUGCUGCUGCUGCUGCGGAUCCUGCAGCAGCAGCAAACCAGAGCCCCGCUUCAACCCAAGGGAGCGCAGCAGAAGUAAAGGCAGCAACACCCCCUGAUGCAGCAGCUCCUGCUGCUGCUGCUGGUACUGCUGCUGCUGCUGCUUCUCAGCCAGAAGACAAGAGCCCUCAAGCAGUGAAGAAGGAAGAGACAUUGUUGUCUCCUAAAAGAGAAGCUGAUGCACCAGACACAACAGCAGCAGCAACAACAGCAGCAGCAGCUCCUGCUGCUGCUGCAGUAAAGCAAGACGGUGAUUCGCCUGUCUCGCCAACUGCAGCAGCAGCAGCAGCAGCAACAACAACAAAGACAGCUGAAGACUCCCCGUCUGCUGCUGCUGCAGCGGCAUCACAACCAGCAGCAGCAGCAGCAUCGCAGCAGCAGCAGCAACCCCGACAACAACAACAACAGCAGCAGCUGCUGCAGCAGCAGCAACAGCUUGUAACGUUGAACGUGAAGGAAGUCGAAGCGAAGCUGCAGCGCUUAUUCUCUAUUUGGAGCGGAAGCGGUGUUAACAGCGGUGCUGCAGUGUGGGGUGCAGCAGAUGUUAUUUGUGUCUUCGUAGGCAGAGCAGCAGAAGAAGACGACAGCGCAGCUGAAAGAAUUCAGUCUUGGCUGACAGGCUUUCAGUUCCUGGAGACGUUGUUUAUCUUUGUCCGUUCUACUGAAAGCUUUUUAAUUUUAACUUCUGCUAAGAAGGCAGAACAUCUGCAGCAAAUUAAACCGAUUAAACAACUGCGUAUAUUCACAAGAGACCGCAGCAGCAGCUGCAGCAAACAGCUCUCUGAAAUUGAAGCUGUUAUUAAAGAAGCAACAGGAAAGGAAGAUAAUGUAAGAACAAUAUAA